GACUUAAAUAUAUUAAUAGCUAAUUAAACUGGUUGUAUUAAACAUCAGAGCGUAGCAUCGUAAAUCACGAUAGGCGCAUCUAAUUCAGUAACAGAAGUUUGAAUUUAGUGUGGUCGCACGGUAAAAUCGUUUUAGCUAAUAAAGUUCGAAACCGUAGAAACAUUAACAGACUUCUGUCUUCCUUGCAGUGUAUCAUCACGACAAUCUCCACAAUCAUCAGAAGAGCUCUAUGUGUGCAGAUGUGCCGUUAGCGGGACGGGGGGCAUCGCUGAUGCUGGCUUCCCCCUUCGUUCCUUUUUUACUGAAGCUGUCAUGUUCAACUAACUGUCCAAUGUGGUGCCUUCAUUUAGUCUGUAAUAGAUCAUCCUGUGCCCUGGACUUUAGUUGACCUGCAUGCUAUGUGUAGCUUUCUCAGUGGCUCAUAUAUUCACAAAGUACGUAAUAAUACGUAGAAUACUUAGACGCUUUACAAGUUCUUUUAAUUUAGCGGAAUCUUGGUGUGGUCCAGUGUUGCCUCGGUCACUACUCUCAUGCGUUCGACAACAAUCUAGCAGUACUUGUUACUCGUGAGUGUUUAUGACUGUGAAUGCGCCUAUUUACAUGUGCUUAUGUGUGUCUUUAAGUCUGUUUUUGUGUGAGCUGUGGUACGUUGUUAGUGUAUAGCCGCUAUUGUUGUUAUUGUAUGGUUUUCAGCAUGCGCGGGCAGGGGGCGCUACGGGGCUCAACCUCUUCUGGGACCCUUUCCCCAGUCAGUAGCAUACGACACAAGGCAGGGAGCAGUAAGCAAGGAGGCAGUCGGACGGGAGGACCAGGCGAACAUCAGCGAACUGCUGGCUGUCGGUCGUGGCUGCCGUAAAGUGCAGCGCACAGAGUCGAACGGGUCGUGGCUGCUCGUUACAACCGGACAGCCUCAAGUAGCCCGGAGCAACGAGUGGAUCAUAUCGCCAGUAGUGCUAGUAGCAGCAAGGAUCGUUGGUUUAGCCCGAACCGCAUCAAAAGCCCUCUCCGCUCCCCGAUGUGAGCGACACCAAUACGACUCGUACGGCGCUGUCUGUUAGACACGACACAGGGGACAGUGCAGUGCAUCGUACGGUUCGACGACGAGAACCAAAACCGCUCAAGUCGAUUCAGUCAGCCGGUCUAUACAGCCGAAAUAUUGGCAGGUGCCGCAGUCGUUUGCUUGCGAGGCCGCUAGAUUCUAGUGCGUCGCGCUCGGAAUCCUUCGUUGUCAGCGUCGCUGCGGUGGAGCCGAACGUGUGCAAUAUUCAAUCGUCUUGCCUGCUCGUAGUGGUUUUUCUCUGCAGUGUCGUGUAUCUAGCGCAGUGCUGUUAUUGCUGGUGUCGCUGCCAUCGUCGUCGAUGCCAGCGGCAGCUCCCAUCGAACGGAGAACGCAGAUUGACUGCGGCAAUGGAUUGAAGAUCAGAAUUAGUGAAUGCAAAACGUGGUCGUUAACUGUAAUCAAACCAGCGACGAUUACUGCAGAUCAGAUUAAGGCUCAGAGUCACGAAAGCCGACGACUGUACGACUUACUUGGAAUUAGAUCACUCGAUUAUUUGCUCGCACCUUUUGUUCAGACGACAACAAUGGCUGCAGCGUAACGUAGAUAGUCGAUAAAACGGAAACAGAUUCGACUGAAAUAAUAACACGUUAAUUAUCAAACUAACGAUUAAGAAUAUAUCUAUCGCUUGCCAUUGGAGUAACAAUGCAACCAUGCAGUGUAUUUACGUGAGCGGAAAUGUGGCGUAUUUGUGAAUUAGUAGCAGUGUUGAUGUAGGUUGAAUUUGGUCCAGGAGGAAAACGCAAGGAGGUUAAAAGCUCGCAUCAGCUAUCCACUCGAGGCUUUCGGUUCGACAGCUGAUCAGGCGAUUAUCAUUUCAUUGUCAGUGUGGACAUUUGGAGUGGCUCACGUGUCUUUCAGUGGUGUCCUUUUUCUCGACGCGUCGUCCUGCAGCCGCACAGCUGGAGGCCAACCCGUUGCCGGCAGGUCGAACAGGAUUACUCGGCAAAACCUACAGCCUACACACAAGUGCGGCUUAUGCUUUUGGAGGGAAAGGUACCGCCGAUCGGAGGGUUACUAACGAGACUUGCUGCUGCUGCUGCUGCUGCCGCCGCCGCCGCCGCCGGUUGUUCAGAAGAUGGAACCGAAAAAACGUCAACGGACGACUGGAACGUAGACUGCUACUACUGCCACUGCAACGACAACAACGAACAGAAAAAAGAUCGCGAGCGACUGUUGCAACGACCGCUGACGCCGCUCGGAGCUCGAAGGUGCUGCUACCGCCGUUGGCGACUCCUAAUAGCAGCUACAGGUAGCGAGAAUGCAAACACACAACCCUCAGAUACAGACAAAUCGAGUAACGUCGGGCGGAUGGUCAGACUGAUAGCGAACCCCACCGAUGCGCCAUUGGCAUCACCACCGACCGACGAAUAACUGCCAAUGCACCGAGACGUAUCGGAAAGCUACAACAACAAUAUACAUCCCAGCACACUCUAACGUGCGUUUAUUGACGUGUGCGUGUUUUUUCCGCAAGCAAUCAAUUACUGUCCUAUGACGACGGAAUAACCAGGCAACAGAAAGAUUACACAUACAAACACAUACUUUGCCAAGUAAAGCGGAGAAUCGGUGCUCGCGCGUUCCGUAUAGGCCAGCGCAACAUAGUCGCAAAUAUAUACGUAUAAGUAAGGGAGAUAAAGACUACUCUCUUGCCGGGAACCAAUCUAAUAGCAACAAUAACUAUAAAGACAACAACCGCAGCCGCAGCCGCAGCAGCAGCAGCAACAACAACAACAAAUGGCAGACAAAGCGUUCCUUCGACUAUGGAACUUCAGACACGUCUGAAGCUGUAGCUGACGGUUGAAAUUCUUGUGUAUAGCGUUACGAGACUAAAUUAGAAUAGGAGUCCUAAACCAGACAUACAUUUAACCCCGAAUCGUCCCCAAAGUGAUGAUGUCAAGCAGACGGUGAAACUAUCAGGUAGACACUUCAAAUUGAGCAAUCCACGCGUUGGGAUAAGUUGUAAUCGUCAGUAGACGAUAGGCGAAACGAACCUUCUACGAUGGCCAUAACUUCUUCUAGGAUGUCAUGGCCGAUAACUGGUAGUUUAGCUUUGAUUGUAGCUGCUAGCAUAUUUUGCAUUAAAGCUUUCAUUCUCGCCGUUCCUACAGCUCUGUACAAAAACAUACGAAGUACCUCAACGAAUGUAUACACAGGUUGAGUGACUAUAGCUUCAGUUUAUACUUACAUAUAAUUAAAUUUUAAGUUGCGAAAAGUACAAAUCCUAUUGUUCAUGCACACGUAUCCAGCCGUUAUCAUUCUGACUGAUACACUGCUAAUAACGGUGGACUGUUGAUUCAACAAAGAUUUCGUCUGAUGUCUUAGCACAUCUUUGCUUAGUUGCUUCUUUUAAAUCUUUCAGUGUUUUCGGUAACGUAACCUUCAUCCUGACGUAAACUUCAUCUUAAAGUUAAUCUCGGCAGGAAGAAGCCCAUCAGCGUCAGGCCUGAGUGUUCUAUCUCGUCUUCUUCGUCUAACCCACCUGUUUGGCAGAUUUUUACUUCUUCUGUCCAUAUGUUUCCAAGUGCCAUUCGCAAGAAAGUUGCUGUCGUUCCGGAUCACCGCCUUGUCUUAAAAUGCGAUGGACACAUAAGGUGCUGAUGUUAAGCUCACAAAUCUAUUAUCGAACAGACCUUUAAGAUGUUUCGCCAUAAAUUUCCAGUGCCGUUAAUCGACCGGUGAAGCUCAUUGGUAUUAUUGGUCCUCCCGAAAGCUGUCUCUCAAUAUUCUGGACAUUUUCAAAUUUCGUUUUCACUCGUAGGUUGCGUAGAUUAAUAUGCCUGAAAGUUCUGACAAUACUGUCCGUUAGUUUUUGCUAAAUUUCCAAUAAUAUUUGAAAGUAAAUUUUCCUUGUUAGAGACAUUAUCCUUUGCCCACUUAUUCUUUCUAACUAAUUAUACCUUGGAAAACAAUGUAUAUAUCAGGCUGGUUAAAAAAACGUAUGUCGAUUUUUCAUGCACCUCACUAUAGCGACUUUAUCUUAACGCUAUAUACAGCAGUUGUGUUUAUAUAUUUAUAUCGUUUGAAGUUAUAACUUUUUUUGCCUUAUUUAGCCACGUUGUUUAUGUUGUUUUAUUAAGAUGCGGAGAUGGAAAUAGUCUGAUUGAAAUCGUUGUUCACCACGCGCUCAGCCACACACCGCCUGUCUCCUUAAUGAUGCAGUGCUAUCGUGUUUGCCCUUUUAAACUUUGGGGGUUCGAAGCUGGGCGUGGACACAUUAAGUUUCAAACUGGGAGCCAGCCAUUUAAAGCAAAGCUUAACGACAGUACGAGACGUAAAAGUAAAAACAUUUAUGUUUACACCUUGCCUACCCGCUUGCCCUUUUUUCCUUAUUGUAGAAAACCACUAACUGGCUACUGUUGCCACUGUCCAUUAUGUUCGCUCGCUCUGGUCACCGACCGAUACAAAAUGCCCCUGAGUAAAAUCAAGGGGAACGCGUCAAAUAACUGUUUGAGUGCAUGCGACCAUGCGUUGAUCAUUCCGAAUGCAGUUAGUGUUAUUGUAUGACAGCGUAGAAAUAACAACAUCAAUGGCAAAUACUAUUACGUAACCUUGUUACUUACUUUCGUUAUUAUCAUAAGCAACUCAUUCUCGCUAUGUAGACAGGCGAAGUAGGCAGAGAGGAGUAACUAUUUGAUCCACGUGGCAUUCACCGUCCAUCCAUAUGGCUGUAUGUUACGAAAAAGUCCUACGUCGCAAGCGAGUGUCAGUGAGUGACCCGGUCUAGGUUUAGUAUUGGACAGCAUGUUUAAGUAAUGGGGGUGUCUACCCUGUGGAUGGCCGUAAUGUCUGAGGGUGACGUUACCUUAAAUAUGCGUACAUAUACAACGAGAUCCCUAACGCUCGAUAGUCCUAGCGUUGCAGACGCUUUUAGUGUAAUAGAUGGCACAACACAUCACUUGCCAGUCAUUCUCCUUCCUCAUCCCCAGGUAGCAACAGCGUCGGUUUUGCAUGCGUGCUCCUGUAGGGUCCUUUGAAUAAGUAAACACGCAGACACAUUUGGGCAAUUGAGAAGCGUCGAUGGAUAUUAGCAAACGCGCCUAAAGAACAACAUCGCUGAAAGCGACAAUUUUCGCUUUAUUUUAUCGGCUUCAUCCGCUAGUUAUUCACAGUAAUCGCGCAUUAACGGUAGCAACGGCAGCGGUAACAAUAUGCACCGAUACCUUGUCGACUUUGACUGUCACCGUAUGGCCAACGCUCCAUACAGCCACAAUGGCGACGAUAGGGACCGUCUCUAUAAUCGUCGAUAUAACAACAGUCAGACCUUACUCUCAGGGUGAAGUUUCAGCAUCAUGCAUCCGUGUACUUUGUGUUGAAUUGCAUGAGUACAAAUGUGGGAAUGAGACAACCGGCGACGACAUUGACAGUGUCUGCCAUAGAAGCGCCCACGCCUAGGCAAUAUGACGACAUUAGCUGCCGAGGCUUUAACAUUUCGGAUUUUCAAACUUAGGUAAAAAUCGCCUAUGUUUAGCAGACAUCGCUAUAGAAGAUCUACGAGAAUUUGGCCGAGGCAUCCGCCAUUGUGGAACAAUCUCAAAGCCUCACGUCUCUGGUCUAGACGAGGUGUUAGAACCGCGUAGUGUUCGUUAAUUGCCCAGUGUGUAUUUGUGUGUAUUUUUCCAUGUCCGUCAUAAAAACAACUUUGUUCUUUGCUGCAUGGCAGUUGCUGUUGCUGCUAUAAGCCAAUCAUCGUCGUUCGAAUCAUCUAUCUGUGUAUUUACGCGUUAGCGUUCGUGAGCACCACAAGGCAACGGUGAUAUUGACGUGCAUGCGCAGCAUAUCGUGUUCGCGCAAAUUAACGUUGCAAAAAAAAGAUAAGUUGGUAUUGAGCACCGGCUCUUGCGUAGUUAGCGGACGUAACAAAAAUUUGAGUUUCUUCCGCCUAUGACGCUUCAAAGGGAUCCUCCUGGUGUAGCCACGCGCUCAAACGUAUCUUGCCUGCAGUUAAGUGCGCCUUCGCAUUGUGGUGCAUCACAAGUCCAAGCUAAGCCCUUGAUUACGCGAACAUCGUCACUGCCGUCCGACCUCGAGGGGUUUGAGCCAUUGACGUCAUCAGUGUCCCCUUUCGUAGCACCAACCCCGUGCACUGAGGGCUGGAGCGUUUCGGGCCCGGCAAUCAGCAGCGUUGAAGGAGGCGGUAGAGCUAGCCGCAUGUUGUCACGACUCGCGCCUAACGCAUUCGUCGUCUCGCAACCGAGGGACCCGCUCUAAGCGCCACCUAACGAUGAGCGUCUAGAGCGGCGGCGAUCGCUUUUUGUGUACUGCGUCUGUCGGCAGGUGUUGAUCGCCUCGGCAGUCGCCACAAUUAAACAACAAGCAGCAGCGUUGCUUACUGCCCCAGCAUCGCUAGAGGCAACAAAAGCAACCACAACAUCAACAACGCAACGAGAAGCAACAACGAUAACAAGAAAACUGCCGGUGUACGGUAACUGCUCGGCCAAAAUCGAAUACCAUCGCCUCAGCGUUUUACCACCAACGCCAUCACUACUAUCAGCUAUAUAUACUGAACACAUUUCGGCAUCGACAACAUCGAUACCAACGCUGAAGGCGUCAAACGACACCGGUUCUGCCGAGUCCGACUGCUAUUGUUGCUGCGAGGAUUUAUGUACGAGAUUCAGCAACCGACGUGAGUUAACACCGGCAAGUGUCGAAGUGUCAAACAAUCAAGUGGAAGAAACAAAAUCCGAGCUCUACUUAUCACCGCCCACAUCACCAGGGCGCCCUGGAAACACAAAGCCACGAAGUCAGUCACGUACACAAGUGCGAAUUGCUACUCCCAUAAUGACUGGCACAGCCGACGGUCAGGCUGAACGAGGCGGAAUUAAAAGCCUCUUCGAUGAUGAAGAUUCGCAAUGGAUUUUAAGGUUCGAUUCGAUGCUCAAAUAUGCUGGGGCUGGAGUAGGGAACAGCCUAACGGCAAGUCAACCAUCUAACGAUCCUAACUCCAUUGUUGAUCGGACAGCUUCUGGUGCAAUUCUGGGUGGUGGAAGCGUACCCUCGAGCCCAUCUAGCGUUCGUCGGGCACGCGAAAAGAAAUACUCUCUGCCCAAUCCAGCGCUGACGUCAAGCUCCGUCAGCUCAGCAGCUGGACCAGCCGUGUCACGAACAGGUGUUGGUAAUAUACCAGUGCGAUCGGAUUUUAGCAGCCGAAGCUUGCGAGCUACUUCUGCGCCUCCAGGGAAACGAACCACCUCUGGAGUACCUAUAACUGCUGGAAAGGCAUCACAAAAUUCUAACCUUAAUGGUGGUCGGUCGUCGACAGGUGGCGGCAAUAUGGCGACCAGCUCUUCCAACAACGCCGCACAGGUACUGGGCGGUGUUGAUGAACAGGUUUUUCUAGCGGCAUUUGAUGAGCCUCCACUACCGUUGGUGCCAGCGUUACAUUCGGCCAGGGAUCUCGAUAACCACAUGAAUGGAAUCCGGUCAGCGCUUGGAAAUCCUGAAGUCGACUGGGAACGGAGAGUUGCACUGCUCAAAGCCUUAAGAGCGGUGGUGCGCGCUGGCGGCGCCUUGUAUGACGAGUUCUUCGCCGCGCUUCGGUUACUUGAAGUUCCGUUUCAGACAUGUGUCCGCGAUCUUCGCUCGCAAGUAGUUCGAGAGGCGUGCAUCAGCAUUGCGUACGUGUGUCGUGAACUAGGCCGUCGAGUUGAUCAUCUGUGUGAAAUUCUCCUGCCAUCUCUCAUACAACUUAUCGGAUCGUCUGCCAAAGUUGUGUCCUCAUCAGGAAUAACCUGCAUUCAUUUUAUUUUACAACAUGUUCACUCACCCCGACUUAUCCCGCUUAUUACGAGAAAUCUCACCUCGAAAAACCGGGAGAUCCGUCGAUAUUGCUGCGAGUUCUUACAUCAGCUGCUGCUUAUUUGGCCUGCGGGCUCCCUCGAGAAGCACAUUGUCACUAUCCAGGACGCCAUCAAGAAAGGCAUUUCGGAUGCCGACUCGGAAGCCCGUUGCCAGGCCCGAAAAGCUUUCUGGGGCUUCGCGGACCACUUCCCGCGGGAGGCCGAUAAGCUGUUGCUAUCGCUUGAUGUAGCCAAACAGCGUUUGCUACAUUCGGGAUACAUUUCCAACGGCCACAACUCAAUUACGAUCUCGCCUAUGAGCCAGUCGUUGUUCGGCUCAUCGCCGUCUUCGUUGACGCGAUCGUCUUGCGGGCUGAGUUCCCCUCUGGGGGGACACAGUCUUCCAUCUGGGGGGCGAACGCCAUCAUCCGAGAGCCUACAUCGCUCUCUUACCGCUGCAUCGCAGGCUGCCAGCCAGUAUGGCACCACAUCUAGAGUACGGCCUGUUUCGACAGCUCGCCGUUCUAAUAGCUCGAUCGACGCGAGUGCUGCCCGUGCAGCACGUCUACGUGUCGUUGCCGGCGGGACCAGCAGCGCAACGAGUUCUAACGGCAGUUCACCAAAGCAUUAUCAUCAUCAUCCAGCACACAACAAACAGAGUCCAGCCAAUUCGAGUAGCUCGACUCCGAGCACGCCGCAGGUCCAACCAAAGAAUGCGUUCGGUUUUGGCCAGUAUCUCUCUCGGAGCUCCUCGCGAACCCGGCUCGACUCGUCAAGUACUCUGACGACGCCUACAAGAGGGCGCCAGUCUCGCGUGUCUCAGUCACAACCCAAUAGCCGCUCAGCAUCCCCUUCGUCUCGGUUGAGUUAUGCAACAUACAACAAUAUGUUACCGGACGGACGUAUUCGACGCUCAGGUAUUCCUACGCCGAGCACUGGAAGAUCUCGAGAACCUUCACCAACCAGGUCGGUAUCGAGUCUAGUUUCAACAGCUACCGUAGGCCGCGAGCGACGCUCUUCUUUGGGUCGACCCUCAUUGCGAUUUGACUCACUCGACAGGCAACUUCGCAAUGGACGUGAUGGGGAAGAAAGAAUUCGCACAGCUUUCGCGGCGCCACCAUAUGCUUCACCAUUGACGUCUCGUGCUGUUUUCGGCUCGAGUUCUCAAUGCCAGACUUCAUCAUUGGCUGUGUCCGGCAAUGUCAGUAGUCACCAUGGGGGAGGGAGUGGCAAUGGCGGUAGCGAGGGCUCUUCGUCAAUAUGUUCCGACGUAUCCCGCAGUCAAGAAGACUAUGUUGCCGAUCUACUGCUUAGUCUUGCUAGUAUCCAUUGGUCCGACCGAAAGGAAGGCUUGCUUGGAUUACAAAGCGUUCUGCGUUCUCAUUCGCGCCGUCUCACGGAAGCGGAACUGCGAUCGGUCACCCAGACGAUGACUAAGAUGUUUAUGGACCCACACACAAAGGUGUUUUCACUAUUCCUAGAUACUCUCUAUGAUCUGGUAGCGGCACAAGCCUGCGAGUUGCAGCGAAACGUGCCUUCGUUUUUGGCCGCACUUCUAACGAAGCUUUUUACAAAACUUGGCCAUGAUCUACUAAGUUCUGUGAAUUCAAAGAUUCACGCAACGCUCGCACUAGUACGGGAUUCCUUUCCCCGCGGCGAGCAGUUCGUCAUUAUUACGAGAUUCCUUAAUGAUCCCGUGCACCAGUCCACCUCGGUAAAGGUGAAAACUACUGUUUUGCGCUAUCUGCUGAACUUGACGCGCCAAAUGGAUUCAUCGGAGAUACCAGCGAAUGAUCCGAACAUGCGAGCCUGCUUGCACAGAUUUGUGGCCUGGGCAUCGGCAGAUCUCCCAGAACACCAGAAUAAUGGCUUAGCAACCGUCGGCGCAAAAACUGCUCAGCAUCUCGAUCGGUUUAGUACAAAUGGCCUUAUGCAAGUCGAUGGGGUUCGUGUAGGGACCAUGGCAAGUGCUCGAGUCGCUCCAGAACUGUCCUCCCUAUCACGAGCGUGCAUUGGAUCACUUUAUCGGUGUAAAGCUUCCUAUUUCUCUUUAGUGAUACAUCAGAUGGCUCCCGACUACCAGAGGGUUGCUUUGGAUAUCAUCCAGAAAGAGCUUCUUCAUCAGCAGCAACAACAACAGCAAUCAUCAUCGAUUAAGGAACAAACAACAUCAGUAUCCAUGUACAAUGGUGGCAGCAGUUCGAGUGGUGUCAGCCGGUCAGGCAGCGACAGUUUAGCGUCACCGGUGACGCCCCAACGACCGUCGCCGUCUCCUUGUGCAAUCGACUUUGUUAUCGGAGGAUCGCCUUCGGUGAUAACGACCGCCUUAACGGAUGAAACUGUCACCUCUAGCCACAGCGCGAGCGGAAAUGGAGGAGCCAGUAGAAGCCUUAUAAGCGAUCCUAUAACAGCUGGAAGUACAUCCGACGAAGGACAGCUUAACGACUUACCCCCCUACAGCAAUAAUCCCCCAGUACCUCCGCCCUUGUCACAACGAUCCUUUCACUCCUCAGGGUCCCAACAUAACCAUAACAACAUUGGUCAUAGUCCUAAGGCCGGUUCGGCGGAAAGGCUGUCGCACUGUGUAUCAGUGUUGAGCUCGCCCUUAAAUUCGGCCGAAAUGAAGCGCGCUGCCUUGGUCGAGCUCGACGAACUUCUCGACAUACAUGAGUUGUGGCAAUCUGAACUCAACUUCAGAUCAACACUGAAAAUUCUUUUGGACAACACCGAGUCUUCUGAGGAGUCUCCAGCCGUACGCGCUGGUGCAUUACGAUCUCUUUCCGCUCUUGUAUCUGCGCAACCUCAACACUUCGCGCAGUAUGCGGAUCUCACGGUCGUUAAGCUUCUUCAAAGCCAGCUGGAUAAAGACCGUGAUGUUCAGCGUGCAUCAGAUUUAGCUAUUGCUGGAGCUUUGCGGGCAGCAGGAGUGGAGAAAGGCUCAGGUAUCCUAGCACGUCUAAUUGCGCGGUGGCCUGACGUUCACUUACUUGCUGCUGCGAUAAAGGCGUUAUCUCGUCUUGUUGAAUUGUCCAACGGUGAGGAACUCCGUCCAAUGCUAGAUCAGGUGGCUUCAGCACUUCUGCGCGCCUACGACCACGAAGAAUCCGCUGUACGGCGAGCUGCCGUCUUUUGUCUAGUUUUCCUUCAUCAUAAGGUUGGAGCAGAUAUAAUGGAUCCCUAUCUCGAGACCCUUCAAGGAUGCAAGCUACGACUUUUGAGGCUAUACAUUGAUCGAGCAGCCCAGCAACGGUCAACAGGCCAAUCCGCCAGUUCUGGCUCUGGAGCGGUUCAGACAUCGCUAUGAUUUGUCUUGGUCCCAUCAGUUAGCAACAGAUGAUAAGAAGAACACAUCAACCUCCGAUGAUCAGAUCAGACAUACAGUUACCCAUAGUAUCGUCAAUCCGUAACCGUAGCACUAUCGAGCUUUCGCGUCUUUUAAUGCGACCUAUGCUCAGCUGGUCCCUAUCUACUCUGAUCAUCCCACCGCAGGAUAUCAAGCCAAGCCGGAACGGAUUGUAUGGAGCUGCCGUAUUCGCUAUCCGACCGUAUUAGUAGAUUUUCCCUUGAGUCAAGACAGUAUAACAACCUCAACAGAGGCUCACAGUUUGCCAGUAGAUAAAUGAAUAGUGGCGAUUCCCGUAUAGCGAUCUAUGUACAGUCACAAAUCGCGAAUACGAUAAAGACACCAUAUAAGCCCACUUAUGAUACGUCUACAUAUGCAAUCUCAGAAUUAGGAGUUUCAAUUAAUGUCAGAAACAAACAUUCUGUUAACCGUAAAAAGUCAUAAGUCAGCCAGCUUAAAACUACAUUCGAAAAAGUUCUGGUGUUACCUGCAGACCGAACAGUUUCGAUGCCAAAAUCAAAAGGUGCGAGGAGAUCCCCGCCCAAUAAUUGUUUGCCCUCUUAUGGAGUUGACCUCGGAAACUGCCAGCGAAAUGAAAUUUCACAGUUUAAUAUCGUGUGAGGGCUACACACGAUGAAUCGUAACAUAUUUGUCGGCUAGAUCUUGAUAAAGGUAGGCGAAUUUGAAACUGUAUAUUGGUUUUUAUACCGAAAUUUUUACUGCGACUCAGUUUGAGCAAUUACUUCUUUUCUAGGUAUUCUAAUUCGUAAUCAUCUUGAGAGGUGAGUCCCUGUAAAGUAGGAAAUGCAUACAUUUAACACGAGAGAAAUACAGUAUCACAGAGUUGAGUACAUUUUACAACAUAGCUGUAGAAAGUAGUUUUUUAUUGUUCAGCUCUAAUGUAGAAGGCAAAGCGACAACGUUUGUUAUGGUCCUUUUACGUCAAAUCUGUUCUUGCAUUACGCGUCGAACAUCUUUCCAAAAUAAUACUAUAGGCUUGGACCGACUGCUGCCCACAACAGUACGAUGAGCUGAUUUCUAUGUAACUGCUUAAAAAUGCUUUUUCGAUAAUACCUCAUUCUCGGAAGUCGAGUCUUUUGACGACUAAGCCUGAGCUGCAUCCGUGUGGUUUUCCGCAUGAUAUAAUAAGCCCUAUUUAUGGUAUAAUAAUAGUUAUUACAAUUAUUAUUAUUAUUAUUAUAAUUUUCGUCUGUAACACUACUUUUGCAAAAAGAGUUUCACUGAAAUCAAAUUUUGACUAGUGUGGAGCUGCGUGAUAUUCUCAUGCAUUGUAUUUACAAUGCACAGUCGUUACAUAUUAAGUAGAUGAUCAUUCAGGUAAAUUUCAGCGCAUAUAUGAAUAUACUAGCGCACUAUGUAUAGAUUAUCGGAAGCUUUCGUCGUGCCCAGCGUGCGUGGGGCAUGCAUCACCACCGUUCGUAGUAUACAUUGCUGUUAGCCCUCCUGCCGGUCUCUGUGUAUGCAUGACUUUUAAAUGAACCAGUUAUUUCUCAGGACCUUCCUUCUACUUCCACGUUUACAGACUGAUGUCAAAUUUGAAAAUAUAAUGAAGUACGACUAUAGAUGGAUAUCUUUAGGUUGAAUGCGUACAUACAGGACAGACAAAUUAUUUAUUUACCUUGUACCUAGACGACAGCGAGUCACUUAAAACACGAAUGCCUACAUUCACUGAUGCCUCUAUAUACAAACUUACCGUAUGCUACCUAUCAAAUAUUGUAUUAACACUUGUGCCGUAAUUACUAGCAUUGUGUAUGGUCCGGCAGAUGAUGAACGGAACCCGCCGUUGAAGAAAAACUUUGGAGACGUUACGUCAUUUAUUGAAUCACAAAAUGAACCAUUCUUGUUCGUAGGCCCGAAAGAACAUUUGCGACGUCGACCAAAGAGAGACGGAGGACCUAGGUCGAUCGUUAGGUAUAUAUAUACACUUAGUAUGUAAAUGCGUUUUUGGAAGUUUUUCUCGUUUAUUAUUAUACUGUGACAUAGUAUCGGAAUGCCUGCCAUGUUAUUGCGUGCUCAUGUCGAGUGCACACACAACAGUGAUUGCAUACCGAAAGUAUUAUAUAUUCUUUGCAUUUCAUUAAUUAUAAUUUAUAUAAAUCUUAUUAAAUAUAUGAUGAUAAAUGUAAUGAGAAUAACAAAAAGAGAACACCUAUAAUAAGUGUUAGAAAUAGGACUAGUAUUAAUAGCAGUAAAUGGCGAUAACGAGCAACAAUUAGUAUUGUUGAAUAGAACAGAGGUAGCGUAACUUUUUAUGCAAAAUAUUAUUAACUGUUCGUUGUUUUUUUUAAUAGGUGUUACUCGAUAAAGUGACACUUCGAUUAGAAUGUUUGUAGAAAACACUGGUUGAGCCAAUAGAAAUCUCAUUUUUCGACUGGCGAAUUUACAGCCGCGCGGGUUAACAGCGAUGGACACGAUAUCAGUUUAGUUGAUGGAGAUAAUUUGCUUAAGCUAGCUCAAUUCCGCGAAAAUUACGUGAUCUACAGCUGCAAAAAUUAACACAGUGAGAUUAGAGAUACGCUAAAACACCUACUUGAAUGCAAUCGAAACUGCUAUAGGCAAUGCGUCCUACUAACAGGUGAUGGAGAUCGUAAUCUUAGGUGCAGGACCUGCAGGACUUUCUUGAAAUAUGCUACAAACUACUUCGGCCAUUUUUCUUUGUACAUUUAUCAAUUUAAUGUUAGUGCUAGUUAUAAACGUAACUAAAACGUUAGCAAAUAUUACUACCUACCGUUACAGUAAAUACAUAAAGCUGCAAGAUCUGCGCAAGCUGUCAAAGCUUCGUUAAACCUGACAAUACA